AUGCAGGGCAACAGCGAGUCGGUGUUCAGGAGCAACUACCAGCCGCACCACGUGGCUGAGAAGCUCAUCGCGGUCGGCUUCGGACGCUUCGUCAAGCACGACGACGACGGCGGCGACGAGUGGCUCUACGAGCUGCUCCGCGACGCGCUGCUGAUGCGGGACGAUGGCCGUGGACAAGCGGCGAAGGAGUACUUUGAGGCGGCGGGACAGGCUGAGACGCCACGGCGCGUCGACCGACAGCCUCUGCGCCGACGCCACGGGUCCGCGCCGCAAGUCGGGCCCCGUCAGUUACUGGGCCGAGCCACACCAUCAGCGUCCACAUUCGCGGCCUAA